GCCUAUUAUUUUGACAAAACAUACUAACGUCGAGUUGGUAGGAAAAAAUUCUCCAACUUUCUUUUUUGCAGUGGAGAUACCGUAGAAGCGAAGCGAGAGCGAUGACUUUCUUUCAAAGAAUUGGCCUUAUUGGAUGGUUUUCUGGACCAAAACAAAAUGUUCGUCGGAGUCUAUUAUUAGCCAAAAAUUCACCACAGGCUUAUGCCUUCACUUGCCGACAUUACCGAGAAAAGAAACGAUUUUACAAGAAUGUAUCAAUCACUCGAUCAGGAAGCAAAGCAUUUGAGAUAAAUCUUGAUCAGAGGAAGUUAAGAACACCCAGUGGUCAGCCAGUGGUCAUCCCUACUGAAUCAUUAGCUGUUGCUGUGGCAACAGAGUGGGAUACCCAGAAUGAGGUCAUCAAGCAGCAUAGUAUGCAUUUGACUGCUCUGUGUAAUACAGUACUUGAUAAUCCAUCACAUAGAUCAAAGGCUCAGAUUAUCAAAGCUAUGCUUCAUUUUCUGGAAACAGACACACUUUGUUACAGAUUAGAAGACCCUCCUGAGCUUGUGGCUAUGCAAGACGAAAGAUGGGAACCUAUGCUUGAGUGGAUCAACAAGAGAUAUGAGGUAGACAUCCAUUCCACCACGUCAAUCAGUGGGCCAGUCAUACCCCAGGAAACCUACAAGACUCUACAUCAUCAUCUAGAAACACACACCGACUGGGCACUAGUAGGAUAUGAGAAUGCAAUUCAGUGUUUGAAAUCUGUGGUCCUUACCUUUGCUGCCAUUGACAGAGAGGUCUCAGUAGAAGAAGCAGUUUCAUUAUCAAGACUAGAGACUGAAUUUCAGAUUAGUAAAUGGGGAAGUGUUGAAUGGUCACAUGAUACUGAGUUAGCAGAUGGUAAAUCAAGAGUAGCAGCGGCAGUUCUCUUCACUCACCUCGUAACAGAACACACAGAGACUAUUGCAAAAUUAAGAACUCCAUGAUGAUCUACCGACAGUGUUCCAGAUUUAUCAUCAUGGUUUGAAUUAAUCCAAGCGCACAAAGGUCAUGGCCUCAGAUGCCCCAUUGAUUAACCUCGAUGCCCCUGUCAUUGGCCUUCAAUACCUUUGUGCCCGUUGUCAUUUUCCGCAUCAUGCCGAGAUAUAGCUCUAUAGGAAAGCAGGGAAUAAUUUUCUGGUAUCUCGUCGUAAUUUGCUCCAUAUCUUUUACAGACAGCUACCUAAGAACAGGAGAAGUCUUUCAAUAUCACUGGUAAGCUUGAAUGUUACAUCAGGGCAUGCUGUUUCAGCCCAGUGCAAACUAUGCAAUUCGAUGUGACACAAUUUUUAAUAAAUCACAUUUUGCAUUAAAUGUGAAGGUUCCAAGAAGUUGGAAUUAUUUUAUUUGAAGUUCAGAAUUAUGUUAGGAAUAAUAAAAUCAUAAUUUUAAUUUGCGGCAAGCCCUGUGGUCUGAGUAAAGUCCAAAUCGCAUCAAGUCGCAGCCGAUGAUGACGUCAUUACGAUUUGAAAUUGAAUUUUCUUUUAUUCCUACAGGGAGGCUCGAACUAGACUGAAUUUCGACGUCAGUAGUCCUACCACUAUUCUGAACUCUGUUGCUAAGAUUUUGUCGACUGGAAUGUUCAUCUAAAAUGUUAUUACAAUUUCUUUAAAAUUUGGAUAGCAAUGAAUCGCAUAGUGUUUCCGGGCUUAAGGCUGUUUGUAAGUUUCACAUACAAAGUCAUGGUAGCUUGUCUAGUACUGUGUGCGCCUCACUGGCGACUGACUGGAAUACUCCCCAGGGAGUGGAGGAUGUGCACACAUUGUGUGCGGGAAUGAGUGAUUGAAUCCGAUGUCCGGGGUAAUAAUAUAUCUGUAAAGCGCUUAGACACGUCGCUCCGAUUUAUUAAGCGCUAUAUAAAAGCGGAUUGUUAUUAUUAUUAACUGAUGGGAGUGUUUCAACAUAUGCCAGCACUGACUAAAUUUGUGACUGUUGAUUGGCUUAGAAGUACUGGUCUCUUAUUGUUACUAUGUGAAUUGUCAGAGCAUAACUUUUUGUUAGUGCUGUCGGCUUUCAUGAAAUGCCAUAUUCUUGUGUUAAAUGAGAUGCCCUCUUCUUUUAUUGGGAAUGAUUUUCCUUUAACUGUUCUAUAUUGUGACGAUUUCUUUUUUGCAUUCAGAUACUUGUUAAUACAAAAAAUUUAAUCAACAAAGAUUGGAUUUUAAAGAUGGCGAAUGAAAGUUAUUGGCACCAAAAAUCAGGUCACCAGUCGGGAGUUAAGUUUACUCUAACUAAUGAACAGCUUUAUGAAACACCAACCAAGAUAAUACAAAGAAUAUGUUAUACAAGCCAAAGUGAAUAUUGACAAAAGCAGAAAAAGUAAAAAAAAAGUAUUUUUCAAAAAGUAUGGAAAGUUUUUCCUUCUUGGCAUAUAACAAUGCAAUGUACUCCAUUUUGGGUUUUCGUGACAUCAUUCUGAUAAAAUAUUGUUCUGUCCAUGUGUCUGUGAACUGAAUGUGGUAAUGCAAGCUACAGUGGUGCUCAAAAGUUAGUGAACCCCACAAGAAAAAUGAACAUAUUCAAAGUAUUCAAGUCCCGUUAUGUUUUAGAUAUUUAAUGGUGAAGUCGGGCAAUAAAAUAUUACGUUCAAUAAAUCGAGUUUCUCUGGGCUCGUCAGACAUUAAUAGUAUGGUUGUGUACAUUCAACACUCAGCAUGCAUGAAGGAGUGCAUUUCAUACUAGCACAACUUUAUGUAUGCACAUUGAACGUUAUGAGUAUUGGCAUGCACAGUGUUUUCUUUGGCCCAGAAUUUACGAAGGUGGUUUUGAAAACCCAUGGUUGAAUCCAUGGUUUGUACAGAUUUCCUGUAUUAAUUACGCUUAAUUUAGCCCGUUUCGGGCGCGUGUAUAAAAAAUGUCCAUUGCUGAUGCGUGCUUUUGUCACAGUGCGCCAAUUUGACGCCUGUUACCAUGGUUAGAUACGCUAUUGUAUUCAGGAGUCCACUGUUUGAAGAGUGGAUUCAUUAAUUAAAAACAGUGGACUCGUGAAUAAAAUAACUUGGAUAACCACGGCAACAGGCGUCAAUUUGGCGCACUCUGACAAAACGCGCAUCAGCAUUGGACAUUUUUUAAUAUAUGCGGUAAAAUAAGCGUAAUUUAUACAGGAAAUCUGCAUAAACCAUGGGUUUUCAAAACCACCUUUGUGAAUUUGGGCCUGUGUUCAGAGCCAAGUGUAAGGAGUAUUCAAAGGGCUGACGGGCCAUUAAAUACGAAGAUUAGAUAUACAUAAUAAGCUCUCAGAAGUGGUUUUAUUUAAAAUUGGUUUAUAUCUUUAUGGGACAGUUACACCAACGAAACUGAACCAAACCGACCAAGAAAUAACAACGUUGAUCGGUCAGAUUCCUCAGUGUGACUGUGUCAUUGGAGAAAUGAAUGAUGAUACUAUCUCGGCCAAACCAGGACAGCACACAAGCUUGUGUAGCAUGCUCAUAAACUUAACUUCAUGGAUUUUAAAGGGGUACUGCAGGCUGAAAAUAAUAUGAUUUGAAAAGAUAAAGAAAAAUCAGCUUUGCAUUACUUCGGUGAGACAGUUCUAUGCAUGUCUUCAUGAAUACGCAUCGAGACAGCUGAUGAUUUCAUAUCCCCACUUUUCUUAUGUAUUAUAUGAAAUCAUAUUUAUCAAAAUUUUCUCAACCAAGAAAAAAAAAAAAAAAUGAUUUUGACAAAUGAUUUAUGUAUACAUAAGAUAUUCAUUGCUGCAACUUAUUUUAUUAUAAGGGAAGCGUAUCCAUGCACACAUCAUUGCACAUGUAUGAAAAAAUGAAAUAAUUAUGAUUUCUUGUAAAAACAAGAUAAAGAAAAGUGGGAACAUGACAUUAUCAGCUCAUCUUAUGAAUAUUCAUAACAUGAGUUCAAAUAAGACUGUUAUCACUAAAUAUUACUUAAUUUAAACUUUAAUAACUUCAAUAUUUGUUUUCAGAUGUUAUUUGAUGAAAUUUUCAGGGUUGUGCUCUGUGGAAUAUACUCUAUUUUUCAGCCUGGAGUACCCCUUUGAUUCACGUUACAUGUGGUGGUGAUAUUGAAGAAAAUAAAUGAAGAGUCCACAAAUCA